AAUACCAGAAAAUGUUCGUAUGUGUGACGACCGCAUCAGUUGUCUCUGUGCGGAUGCAGUUAUUGCGUGAGUUCGUCAGUCGCCCACUCCCCACAGGCCACAACUCUUCUCUCUCCCCUCCUCUCCUCCAUAAAAGGCCGUGAGAGUAAUGGUGAGUCUUCCUGUACCUACCCCGCGCAUUGUAGCAAACGCCAAUGGCCAGUUCUACCCAGCUCAAGUCCGUCGCCUUGCUGGAGCAGAUGAAGCUCCACCUCGCCUCCGAUGCCGGCAAAGAUCUCACCAAGAAGAUCGGCCUCGUUUAUCAAAUCAACAUCGCCCCCAAGAAAAUUGGAAUCGAUGAGGUGAGUUAUGUCGUGGAUCUCAAGAAAGGAGAGGUUACCAAAGGGUCGUAUGAAGGUGGGAAACCUGAUGCUGCCUUUUCCUUCAAGGAUGAAGAUUUUGUGAAGGUUGCCACCGGCAAGAUGAAUCCCCAAAUUGCUUUCAUGAGGGGAGCGAUGAAAAUUAAGGGCAGUCUGAGUGCAGCCCAGAAAUUCACUCCGGAUAUUUUCCCAAAGCCUUCAAAGAUGUGAGGAGAUAUGUUAGGUGGGGCCGUUGUUGUAGUCCUGAAACAUUAAUUUUAGAUCGGAUAUUUACACUUGUAUUGGGGUAAAAAACCAGUCAUAUAUAUGUUUGUCAUCAUAAAUGGUUCAUCUAUUCAUGUAGUUGGAAUCUAAAUUUGGGGAAUCCUUUUAUGUUAAUAAAUUUGAAUGUGCUCUUUAUCUUUUU